CAUAUACAGUUUGUUUUCUCAUGUCAUGCAAGCAUGGUGAUCGGUUAAGUUGCUCUUUGUACAUCGUACAUAUUUUGCAUAGUAGUAAUUCAAAACGCGGACGUCUUUGAAGAAUUUUAAACCAAUGCGAGAUGUCUUUAAUUAGUACACUUUGGAAAUGUACAUUUGGCCCCCGGCUCUUUACAGUUUAUGAAAUAACGUGGUUCAGUCGUUUGGUCGACAAGUCAUACGAGCCAAAGAGCUUAGAACGAUGGAGCGAUCACAUUGUAGUUUGUUUUGCAGCAAUUUGGUCCAUAAGUCUGUACACAAUACCAUUAGUUGCCACCUUUUUUUACCAACGGAGUAAUCCUUUAAUAGAUAAUGUGUAUCUACUAUGCAAAUUUGCAGCUGGAGCUGGUAUAAUUUUAAUUGCAUCAUUGGUAGCACGAGGUUGCUCCAGAGCAAAUAAUCCAGUAUAUUUAAAAUUUUUAAAGACAUUAAAUGAUGCAAAUGCACGUUAUAAUGCAGAAACUAAACAGGAACUGCAUAAAUAUGAAUUUGAAUUUUGGGCAUGGCCUGUAGAUUUCAAAAUUGCAGAUGUAGAAGGGGAUGAACCGCGUGAAAAACUAACAUUAGAAAAAAUUGCCGCAUCCAGUGGUCGUGUAAAAAGGCAAACCAAUAAAGAAUUUAUAUUCACAUUACCCUGUAAAUUAUUAUCAUAUAUUGUAGCUCAUACUAUUACUCUUAAAAUGAUAUAUACUGGAAGUUUAUCAAUUAUUAACUGUGCUUUUCGUUCUACACUUUUACAAGGACGAAUAGAUUUAAUAAAGCAAGGCGGGGAAAGAUACAAAUUAUUAAGUGCAGAUAACAAUGAAAUCGACACUAUGUUGAUUGACAGACGAAACAAAACAAGAAAAGGGAACACAUUGGUAAUUACAUGUGAGGGAAAUUGUAGUUUUUACGAGACUGGUGUUACAUCAACCCCAUUAAAAAAGGGAUAUUCUGUAUUAGGAUGGAAUCAUCCAGGGUUUGGUAGCAGUUCUGGUGCCCCAUAUCCUCGGCAAGAAGAAAAUGCUAUCGAUUGUGUAAUGCGUUUUGCAAUCGAACACUUAAGGUUUCCCGAGGAACAAAUUAUUGUUUAUGGCUGGAGUAUUGGCGGUUACACUGCCACUUGGGCUGCAAUGAACUAUCCUUCUAUUCAAAGUCUAGUAUUAGAUGCAACAUUUGACGACAUACUUCCGCUAGCCAUUAUGACAAUGUCCUCAAUGUUAGAAGGUUUAGUACGAAGUAUUAUCAGGGAUUAUUUUAAUCUGAAUAUAGCGGAACAAUUAAUCAGAUACAAUGGCCCUGUAUUGCUUAUACGAAGAACAGAAGAUGAAGUACUAUGCACACCUAGUAAUACUUUAGCGGGCAAUCGUGGCAACAUGUUGCUUGCAAAACUUUUGAUAAAACGCUAUCCGCAACUUUUCUCAGAGAAUUCACUAUAUGGAAUGCUUUUAACACGAUUUUUGUCAGCCGAUGUUUCUACUAGAAAAUCAAUAAUUGAUGCGGUAAAAGUUGACGAAAAGCAGUGCUUAGAAUUAAUUGCGCAAGACAUAGAAAAAGCUGGCGGUAUUGUACAUUAUCCUUCUACUCUCGGACAAGACUGUACUUGUAAAAUAAAACAACAACUCGUACUGUUUCUUGCAACAGUGUACAUGAAAGACCAACCAUCAUCGCAUUGUUUGCCAUUAGCCGUGGAUUUGUUUCAGCCCGGAUGGCAUCCAACAUCUACGAUACUCGCGAAAUAACGAAAUAAAGUUCCGUGAUAUUAUAAUUGUGUAAUUAUUAGGAACUUCGUUCAAAGUUCUAAUUUGUAUGGUAGGUGACACUUUCAAGAGUUACAAUAAUGUAGGGCUUGAGGUUUUAAAUUAAUUAUGAAAUAAUCUUAUUUACACUGUUUCUUUGAACACUUAAUAAACAUUCGCGGAACUCACAGAACUGUCAAUGCAUUUGAUUUUGUUUUUACUGUUGAAUGUUAUUUAUUAUGUAUGAAUUUUAAACUAUUUUCCAUAUUCCAAAUGCAUAAGUAAUUUCUACAUUUACUUUCGACGUUCUAGUCUAAUUUUGAUAUACGUGGUUUAAACAUUUUUGUAACUUCACUGAUAAAUGUGAUCAAAAUACGUGUUGCACUUAUAUUACCAGAUUUUGUUUUGACAAUUUAUUAUAAUGUGACAUUUAGUGAUACGUCAAUAAAACAAUCUUAUUUUCCAAA